AUGGAGGGCGUGAAAAGGUUCACUGGCAGGGAGCUAGAGCAAGCAACCAACAAGUUCCACCGUGAAAACUCUCUCGGUAGAGGCGGCUUCGGCACAGGCUACAAGGGUCAAAUCGAUGGCCAACCAGUUCUUGUGAUGAAGCUCAACCCGGACACUAGCCGGCAGGCAGGCGAGCGUUUUCUCCGCGAAGUGACAGUUCUUACACGCGCCGACCACCGCCACAUUGUGAGGCUCAUAGGCUACAAUGCUGAGGCGCGCUGUAUCGUGUACGAGGCACUCCCUGGCGGCAAUCUCGAGGACAGGUUGGCGACUGAGGCUGGGCGCAAGUCUUUGAGGCAAAAAGACCGCCUCCGCAUUGCAGCUGAGGUGGCGGAGGCGCUAGUGUUCCUGCACCGCCUGGACUACCCCAUCCUGCACCAGGACGUGAAGCCCGCCAAUGUUAUGCUGGACGACGAUCUCAUUAGCAAACUCGGAGGAGUGGGUCUGGCGAAGUUCCUACCAGUCAAUGACUCGUCGAUUUGGGGCACUGUGGGAUAUAUUGACCCCCUGCUACUGCGGACAGGCAAGUAUGGCCCUCAGUCGGAUGUCUAUGGGCUUGGGUUGGUGGUGCUGCAGUUGUUGACGGGAGAGAAGGUGAACAAGGUGCUGGAAUACGCCAAGUUCGGGCUGGAAGGAGUGCUGGAGCACCUUGACAAGGAAGUCACAUGGAACGAUAAGAUCGUUCGUGAUGUUGCUGAGCUGGCGUUGAGGUGCCGUGACAAGGCGAACCGGCCUGACCUGGAGUCGGUGGUGCUGCCAGCACUGCAGAUCCUGGCCAAGGACACGGCCCUGGAUCUGGAUCAAGAUGGGGCGCCGCCUCCCAGGCAAGCAGCAGGAGGCUCGGGUGCAAGGGGGGGAGGAGGGAGAGGAGGACAUGCGGGAGGGAGAGGGGCAGGGCGUGGGGCAGGGGAGGAUGCACACAAGGCGACACAGGCCAGCGCAGCAAAGAAGUCAACGUCCAUCACAAGGAUCAAGAUGGAACCGGGGUUUCCGGUGCACUUAUUUUCGGACGUUCUCACAGCAGCUGCUAAAGCAGCUACGAAGCUCAAGAACGUCGACGUGAACCUUGAUCCGAAUGAUGCUCGUUUGAAAGAAAUGGUCAAUACUGGAACGUCGUCUGGCAGACCGGCAAACGACGGAGAGAUGCGCCUGGAGGCAACAAGAGCAAUGCUUGAAUCCAUACGGACAACGCAAGACAGCGAUAACAGCUUCGCUCCAUCCGUUCUCAGUCCUCGCUCAUUUGCCGAAGUAGCAUCGCCUACUGGAACUGCGGAACCCAGCUCAUUGCCAGAAACGUCUGACUCCGCCAACAUUAUUUCUAAGGCUCUGGAUGAUGCGCCGGCUGAAAAGUCAGGGAAAGACACCGUUAGUUAUGGCACACCAGAUCGACCUUUUGGCACAAGAAGGAGAAGGUCAAGCAUGAACGAUGAGCCACCUCCUGAGUUUCUAUGUCCUAUCACAUGCGAACUGAUGGCGGAUCCAGUCAUGGUUGUCACGGGACAAACUUAUGAGAGGAGCUCCAUCAGACAGUGGAUAAGUGAGGGCCAUCGUACAUGCCCUAUUACAAGGAUGCCUCUUGGGAACAUUGAGCUGGUGCCUAACUAUGCACUAAGAAACGCCAUUCGAGCUUGGGCACAAAAGCGGGGCAUCGAGUUGAAGGAGCCUGAGUUCUUUCCGCCACCUCGCAUAAGCGGAGCGCAAUAUAAGACAGCUAAUAAUGCCUCGGCACCAUCACAGAUCCCUACCUGGGACAAUGCUCUGCCAGACAGGAGGAGCCCUCCCAUGCUGGCUGUUACGCAGCUGUUCGUUGGUUCAACUGCUGACAAGGACGCAGCUGUUGCUCAGCUUGCAACAACUGCAAGUGAAGAUGGGGAAAAUGGGAGGGUUUCAGUUGUACAGGCUGGUGCAAUCCCACCCCUCAUCAUGGUUCUGCUUGAAGGCUCUGAUUUUGCCAAGGAAACGGCAGCAAGAUGCAUCCGCUUUCUUUCCAGGAGCAACAACCCGAUCAUUACACAAGGUUCUGCAGCAGCUAUCCCAGCUUUGGUCCGACUACUUUCUGUGGGGUCUCAAGCUGCAAAGGAGGCCGCAUGUGGCGCUCUUGUCAACCUUUCAGCCAAGACGGAUGUCAACAAGUUCCAGAUUGCAGUUGCUGGAGGAAUACUUCCACUAGUUUCUCUUCUUGACUUCAACCAGCCAAAUGCCUCAAGGACCUCGUAUGAGUGCGCAUCAGCAGCACUGUGCAAUCUUGCUUUUGACAAUGAGAACAGGCUGAAGAUUGCUGCAGCCGGUGCCAUCCCUUUGCUUGUCCAGAAGCUGGAGAAUAUGCCACUCACGCCCUUGGAAGCUUGGCCUGUGAAAUUAAUGAGAAUGGGGAGAAAAUUGUUCAGGCUGGAGCUGUGCCAGUGCUGCUUGCAGCACUUCAGAACGGGUCUCCUUGGAGUAAAGAAGCAGCUGCACGGACACUUCGUAACUUAUCAUUCUUUGAGAACCUGCGAGAACCGUUGCUUUCAGCUGGAGCGAUCGAUGUUUUGA